ACAGACGAUGAGGGCUCAGCCUCCGACGUCGGGAAGAAGUUCACCAAGUGCAGCACGUGUAAAUAUGGAGCCGAAUGUGAUGAAGACUCCGAAGAUGUCUGGUGCAUAUGCAACAUUGACUGCAGCGGCCACAAUGAGAACCCGGUCUGCGCUACAGACGGAAACUCGUACAACAACCCGUGCCUGGUGCGGGAGGCUUCGUGCAUGAAGCAGGAGCAGAUCGACGUCAAACACCUGGGACGCUGCCUCGCGGAUAAAGAAAAGCCGGGGAAGAAGGACGACAGCGGCCCCUUCAAAGUCAACGUGUUAGAAACCGCGGGUCUGGACCAAGGCGAGGAUUUCUACGCCGGCAUGCCGAUCCCCUGCGCCGACAGCUACGCCGGGUUCUGCGUCCACGGGAAAUGUGAGAUCAAGUACAACAUGGCCACCUGCAGGUGUGACGCCGGGUACAAAGGCACGCAGUGCGACGAGCCGCAGGACUUCAACAUCCUGUACGUGGUUCCCAGCGGACAGAAGCUGCACUACGUCCUGAUCGCCGCCAUCAUCGGAGCCGUGCAGAUCGCCAUCAUCGUCGCCGUGGUGAUGUGCAUCACCAGGAAAUGUCCGAAGAACAACCGCGGCCGCCGGCAGAAACAGAACCUCGGCCACUUUUCCUCGGACACGAACUCCCGGAUGGUAUAGCCUCGUUUCCGGACGCUUCUCUUUGAUAAGUAUUUUUCUUAUAAGGCGGGAAUGCCGAUUUUUUUAACAGUCAGUGGGACAUUUUUUUUCUCCUGGGGGAAAAAACAAUAAAAGAAGAAUAAGAAUAUUUAUUUAAGAGGCCUUAUUUUUCCUGGUGGAUUUUUCUUUUCCAAGCAGCUGAAUCAACCGCCUGCGUUUUGUUGAAACCUUUCCGGUAAACGAAGCAGCGUCUGCCCUCUGGAAUGUGAUAUUUAUUCAUUUUAUUCAUGAAAAUCUUUCCCCGCCUGUUCUGCUCCUUACUAAUAACGUGCAGCUGAUCACCAAACUAGUUUGUUUUUAACAUUUUGAGGCGCCGGCCAGUCCAAUAGAUUCUUUUGCUCUUCUUCUUUGGUUUGAAAGUCUCUGUUAAGGCUUCCGUUUCACUAAGCUAAUAAUUUAUAAGGAUUGUUAUCGUUUUUUUAAAGUAGUUUUUACUGGAGGUUUUUACGUUGGCUUCGGUUCUGACUUGUAGUUCUUGUAAAUUAGCAUGACUUGUGAAAACUGUGUACUGUGGUGUAGUUUAAACUUUUUACCAGGAAAUGUUUGGACUCCGUCUGGCUCAUCUUCGUCCCGUCGGUGCUGACCGGGAAACCUCGCGCUCGCUGUUAAACGAUGAAUGUGGCGUUUUUGGAAGCGCGAGGACCUGCGGAGUGCGUUUAACGGCUCAGAGGCUGGAAUGUUUUCUGCAUCCUUGUUCGAAGAUUAUAACAAAGGACUUUUUGACAUGGAGGAAGUUUAGGGUCUUUGAAUGUUGUGAAGAGGUUUUUUAUUAUUUUAAUUUUACAUUUUCUUCUCUGUGACACAUUCCAAGCACAUGGAAACCCACUGAGAAAUUCCCUUUGGGAAUGUGUGAAGCCCGCUCUGCCGUUUCCUGCUGGUAUAGACAGGAAUAAAAACGUGUCUUUAAGAUGUUAGUGGUGUGCAGGUAACUUACUGCCUUUUGAUUUUUAAUUAAAUUUUUUGUCGUAUUAACGUUUUGAAGUCUUGAGGCCAGUUCUCGGUUUCUGUGUCGGUAUGUCCGUAACGAUCCCAACGGGUCACUCUGAUGUAAAUCAUUGUCCUUUUCCAUGUUGUUCCCAAUAAACAAGUCAGAUCUUCGUCA